UCUUUCGGAUCUGAGGCUUCUGUUACAUUCCAUGUGCAUUUACAUCGCGAGAUAGUACAUUGAAGUCGAUGAAGACAGAAGAGAUUGUGACAAUAUGGCACAAUAUAUCAGAAAAGCGACGUUAUUGUUAUUUACUCAGGAAUGCAUGAAGGAGUACUUUAAUAAGUUCAAUUUUUUCCACGUUGGAUGUUUCAAGACAACAUUGAGCAAAGCUCUAGGACUGGGCAUCAUCGGAGGUUCCUUGAUCGUGAAAGUGCCUCAAAUUUUAAAACUUCUAAAAAAUAAAAGUGGUGAUGGAAUUAACAUCUUUAGUAUAUUAUUGGAUUUAUUCGCUAUUACUGCGAUGUCUUCCUACAGUUUCUGCAGUAGAUUUCCAUUUAGUGCCUGGGGGGAUGGAGUAUUUUUAGGGCUUCAAACCUUGAUGAUCGCAAUUCUAGUAAUGCAUUAUAAUGGAGAUACAGCAAAAGCGACUUUUUUCCUUUCUACUUAUAUAGCAGUGAUUUCUGCAGCUAAUAGUGGAUUAGUGCCUAUCAAUAUUCUCUGGGCAUGUCAAGCAAUGAAUAUACCCAUUGUUCUUAUAAGUAAAUUUAUGCAAGCUUAUACAAAUUAUACUAAUGGAAGUACCGGCCAAUUAUCGGCACCAACAUGUUUUUUGCUAUUCUUUGGUUCUCUUGCCAGAAUUUUUACUUCUAUUCAAGAAACUGGUGAUACCACUAUGAUAAUGAUGUAUGUGUGUUCCACUUUAGCAAAUGCUAUUAUAGUAAUACAGCUUCUUUACUACUGGAAUGUGGAUGUAAAGAGCAAAGAAAAGAUCCAGAAGAAAAGUCAGUGAAAGAAAUUAGAAUGUUUAUAUAUAUCGUAUGAGUGAUGAUUUACACAAUAGGCUAAUAAUAAAUAAUGUAUGGUUGCGAUAAAAUUUCAUUAUACAUUUAUAAUACAUAUGUACGAAGAUAUACAUAUUUCACAAAGCCAAUGUGACGAAGGCUUGAGAAUCACUUUCUACAAGGAAUAAAUUUUU